AUGAAGCUCGCGCACCGGCUCGUCCAUCGCGCCUUGAGCAAGCAACCACCUCCACCCCACGUCCGACGCAAGAGCUCUCGAGUCUGGCGACGACAGUUUUGGAAAGAUGGAAUGCGGCUGUCACCGUCCAAGGAGUGGACACUUACGAUCCAGCACUUCAGUCCAACCACCAGACUCUAUUCGCUCCACUCCAAUCGGCCGGUCUUUCGUCCCGUUCAGGAUGGACUACUCAUAGGCUCAAUCGCAGCCUUCAUCCCUUGUCUAACUUGGCCUUCUCUUCCGGCGUUUAUAUUAUCACUUUUCAUGAUCGGCUGGAUCUAUAGGAAGCUAGCUAGAGUCUACUCAGAGAGCGUCCUGAUCCUCGGUCCCCUAGGUAUCCAAUUCAGUUCUACAAACUUCAUCGGGGUCACACGCCGGUUCGUUGCACGUGAACAUAUACGUCAGGCAAUCAUUCAUGAAGCCAUUGUGGGCUGGGAUAUCGUCUUCUUUCUUGGACUAGUGGUCGAACCUGAUGGAGCUCCAAUGUAUGUCCAUCAAGUCUUCAAGAACCUUCAACCUCGACUGGAAUAUUUGGUCACAGUUUGGAAAGGGAUCAGGGAAAUCGUAUUUCAGGAAGACAUUCAUGCAAUAGAUUGUACUGUGUGA